UCCCUGGGUGCAGGGCGCAGGCCAGGAUCGAUGAUGUUUUCGUCGCGGAUGAGUACUAGUCGUGGGUAUGGGCUGUCUAAGGACCGCCGGUUCGACCUCGAGAGCGGCGCGCUGCUGGAUGACAACUCGAAAUCCCGUCGCAAGGGCCAAUCGUUUCUCACCCGACAGCUCGUUCGCUUGCUCUGGGCGAUCCUCGGGGUUGCCAGGAAGCGAUGGUUUACCUCCACUCUGCUCGUGUGGAUAACAUUUCGCGAGCUUGUUCCCCGCGCGCCUUCGUCCCCAACCCCUCGGGCGCCAUGGAAGAUGCCCGGGAGCGCGCACGUACCCGUCCCCGGGGGUCUCAGGGGUCUGGAGACGUAUCCGUACCCAUCGGCGACGGACCUGGUCGUGGUUUGCGGACACGCCGUCUACGCAGCCGGGGACUACUCGCCGGAGGUGUCAAGGCUUGAGUCCAGCUGGUUCCUCGAGGACUACCAACAGGUUAAAGGGCGAGCGGAGACAUUCGUAGAACACGCGAAGGUUGGGGUGAUGGAGGCGGCGAACAAUCCGAAGGCGCUCCUCGUGUUUAGUGGCGGAAAGACUCGAAAGAGCGCUGGAAGUCUCGGGGAAGGGACGAGCUACUGGGAGGUUGCGAGGGCCAACCGCUGGUUUGGAAAGGCGGACUCGGUGGCCCCCAGGGCGUUCACCGAGGACUUCGCCCGCGACAGUCUUGAGAACGUGAUGUUCUCAAUCACAAGAUUUCACGAGCUGACCGGCAAGGUUCCGAGGAAGCUCACCGUGGUUGGGUACGAGUUCAAACGGGACAGGUUCGUCGACCUACACCGUGCGGCUCUUAGGUUCCCAAGAGACCGGUUUGUUUACAUCGGCACAGGUGCGGCGGGGACCGAGGAGAGGAGCGCGGCGAGCGAAAUCGAGGUGAGGGCGCAAUUUAAGGCUGAUCCGUACGGGUGCUCCGGGGAGCUGGGUAGGAAACGACGGGAGCGGGACCCCUUCAACGUUGGCCAGCCGUACUCGAGGACAAAUCCCGAGCUGGCGCCCCUGCUGGCGCACUGUGGCCCUGAACUGUUCGACGGGAACCUGCCGUGGCCGAAGGAGAAAGAGCUUGUCGGGGACGUUCCAAGCGGCGGUGAACGUGCGUCGAAGACGGGCGAAGGGAAUGGCGACGCGGCGAAGGGCGAGGAGAGCGCCAAUGCGGAGACUUCAAACCAUGCCCACGAUGACGUCUAGAACUUAAGAGGUUGGAACAUGUGCAACACGUCUCGUA